AUGCUUCUACGAACUUCCUUCUUGGCUAUCUUUGUCCCUGCCCUGGCGGAGCAGAAACGCUCUCUUGAUGUCAUCAGUAGCCUCGAUGCGGACUGUCUUUGUCCGAUAUACACCGCUCUAUCACGAUACACAUUUGCUAGUGGUCCUGCCGGAGGCAUUUGCAAUCAUUCAAUAUCAGUGACAACCUUCUUUGCUGAGGAAAGCUAUAUAGAGACAACAACAAACUUUGAGGGUAUAUGCAACAGGACGGUGGAAGUUGCUUCCAUGUAUGCGAGUGCAAGGGCGAGAUGUGAUGGAAAUAGUCCAGCGGCUACCAUUUCGUUCUGGCAGGAAUUGUGCGACGUCGAUCUUUCAUCUAUUGAACCUAAUGGAUCGAGAUCGUACGACUCAAUGCCAAUACUUGAUCCGGAUGUCAAUACGACUGCCUCUACUGGCACCAUCAAAUCACCUGUCCUGUUGAGUGAGUCAUAUUAUAAGCGGGCGUACAAAACAUGUAUCAUUCAUGAAAAAGCCUUGGACCGGGAUAUCCGGUUUGGCUGGGGCUUAAUGGGUUACUGGGCAGCUAUCCUGGGUCUCGGAAUGGUGCAGAGAAUCCUCAGCUUUUGGAGGAUUAGGCGGACUAUGGACCCACGCAGGGAUACUGAAGCCAAUGCAGUCUCUGGACCUAUCGAACACAAGCAAAUCUCUCAUCACUUAUCGUCAACUAUCCAUGCUCUGCGUACCCAUAUUGUUGUUCCAGCAGCCUUAGUUCCAAAACUGCCUCAUCACCUGCGACUUCUUUACGGACAUUGCAUUCCCAAGCGACUUGAUUUAAUAAUCGUUUUCGGCUUCUGGCUCCUCUGUGUCCUCUUAGCUUGUGUCAACUAUGAUGGAGACACUAGGACGUCGACCAUGCCCCAGCGCAACUGGCAUUAUUCGUCCGAUCGGACCGGUAUUCUUGCCUAUGCUUGUCUACCGUUCUUAUGGCUCUUUAGCGGACGCAACAACAUUUUCCUCUGGGUGACCGACUUCGACGUUCAAUCUUUCAACACAUUUCAUCGGCAUAUUGCAUGGGCGUGCACACUCCUUGCCAUUGUCCACUCGAUGGGGUACAGCAUAAUUUUAGCAGAUUACGAGGAUGCAUAUCACGAAGCGUGGAGCCAUAAGCCGUGGUACAUGGGCGUAAUAGCGGUUGUUGCCAUGUCGGUUUUGUUAAUCCACUCUAUUACAUGGCUUCGCCGCAAGUGGUACGAGGUAUUCUUCAUCUCCCACAUCGUACUAGCCAUCGUUAUAAUCUAUGCUCUAUUUCAACAUACCCGCCCCGACGGGCCACAGUGGAACCAAUACCUCUGGACUGUAGUAGCUAUAUGGACCUUCGAUCGCAUCCUCCGCAUACUUCGCCUCGCAUACUGCAACCUCCACAUAAAAUUCAGCAAAAGCAAAAUCUCCCUGCCAACAUCAACGGUUACAUACGCUCCCGACAGUGACCUAAUGACGAUAGAUAUAGAGGCGCCCUCCCAUGUCACACCCAAGGCAGGACAACGCUACUUCCUCUCCCAGCCACUGAGCGUGCAUUGUUUCGAAAACCACCCUUUCGCACUGGGUGCAUAUUCCGAAGCCCCGUCCCAUUCACCGAAGGAGAAAAGCAAAUUGACCUUCUACGUCCGUCCUUACAACGGUUGGACAAAAUCGCUUCGUGAUCGCUGCAUCAGAGCAAAUAAUAGAAUACAUCCACUCCUCCUAGAAGGACCCUAUGGCCACACGGCACCGCUGCAUACCUUCGACACGGUGUUGUUAAUUGCCGGGGGGACAGGCAUCGCAGCUACGCUGCCAUAUAUACUCGACUAUGCCGCCCGGUUGAGAAAACAAACUACGAAGACGACCAGUAUACAUCUAUUAUGGUCCACUCGUCGGAAGAGUAUGUUCUCCACUGUACUCACAGAAGAGCUGAGUCACUUGUUAGAGUGUGAGGGUGUUCAAGUCAGCUUUUUCUGUACUGAAAGUGCUCCAGUGUCGCUAAUUGAGAGCGAUAAAGAGGUCGCUGUUGGGCCUGAAACUAAUGCAGCAGGGUCUAAUAUGUGCUACUACGACGGCCGCCCUGAUAUUCGUGGAGCUGUUGAGACAGAGGCUGAAAUGACUCGCGAGUCCCGUACAAGGCUGGCGGUGCUUUGCUCUGGACCUGGAAUGAUGGCGGAUGAGUGUCGGUUCGCGGUGUACGAGGCUAUGAGAAGGGGGUGUCAGGGAAUACGGUACUUCGAGGAGGCAUUUACAUGGUAG